AUGAACGACAACGACAACAACGACGACGUCUACAACGACGACACAUUCUACCGCUCACAACGCGCCCUAUCUAGCGACUAUACCAUGCGCCCAGCCCAUGUUGCGUUUUGGUGUUCUCGGAGACAGGGGCUCAUCACCCCGCCUACGACGCCACCGGGGUGUAUGAUGGAUCUGGUGGAUGUGGAUGACAUGGACGAUAUGGACGUCGACCCUCCUGUCACCUCGUCUACCACCUUGCUUGCCACCCACAACCUCUCCACAUCCCACCCCCCAUCCCACCCCACAUCCCACCCCACAUCCCACCCACCCACAAUCCCCGCAGACGCCUACCCACACAUCGUCGACGCAAUCUUGGCAUAUGCGCCUCACGACGCGCUCGCGACCUUGCGUACAGUCUGCCGGUCAUGGCGGGAUCGCGCCGACGCCCGCCUCCUCACCCACGUCAUCCUGCAGGACAACUACGUCCCAGCCCUACCGGCAGGCGGGCCGAUCCGUACCAACUGGUUCACUUUCCCCGUCCACACCCUCGACCUCGUCGACCUCGAUCUCGCAUCCCCACGCCCCCUUCCGCCCAAAGUACAUAUUCUACGUGUCCGCAACAUUGCACGCUGGAGCACCCUCUCCCUCCCACGCUCCAACACACUCGUCAUCAAAGGCCUCAUCUCUGACGGUGGCUUCGGACCAACCUUGCAGACCUGGGCCCCAUACUUGUCACGCACGACCCGCCUCGUUGUACACUACAACCCCAAAGAGCCAGAGUUGGGCGCAUGGGGUAUCAUUGGCGGUUCCAUCCGCCAAAGCCUCGGCCUGUCCUCCCUGUCCUCCUUUUCGCUGCAAGAAAUCGUAUUCGUAUUCACCGAUGCGGCCGACGCGAUCGAGUUGUCCUUCCUAGGACCGCUGAUCAUGCUCUGCCUGCAGUUGGGAUGGCACGCUGGCAAGCCAGCCCAAGUGCGGAUGACCCUGGUCAACGUUUUGCCGCGGUUGGCCGCUGGCGUCGAGGCGGGUGAGACAUUGACUGGCGAGACCGAGGACGUGCAUGCCCUCUUCCUCCGAGCUGCGGGGUUCGGAUCCGCCCCAGAUGACCAACUCAAACGCGACUUUGGGCAUUACUUUGACUUUGUGACGUUUGACCAGUACCGCCAGCGACUGGGAGAUGAGCAGUUUGAGCUUGAGAUGGGCAUGCCGCGCCGAGUUGGGCCGCCGCAACUCCUCCAGCCUAUCCCGCCCCGCGACGAAAAGAUGGUCCGGUUUACACGCAUACAGUAA